UCUUAACCGCUCGCUGAGAAAUCUGAGCAACCAACACAAUGCAGGCUGCUGAGCUCCCGGCCAACCCGACGACCGCCGCUCCGACGCUGUCAGCCACUACUAGUGAUGGUCGUGUGCUCAUCAGCCAGGGUGCCGAGGCGCGCGUCUAUUCGGUGCUGCGGUCGCUGCCUGGCCAUCCCGAGCCAAGGCGAGCAAUCCUCAAGCAGCGAUUCAAGAAGAACUACCGCCAUCCAUCGCUCGACAAGUCGCUCACACGGAGCAGAAUCAGAGCAGAAGCCCGCUGUCUUACAAAGUUCAAGGAGACGCCCGCAGAAGGCGUCAAUGUGCCGGAGCUGUACCAUGUCGACUUUGACCAGAGCGCCAUCUACCUCGAAUACAUUCCUGGCAUCACUGUCAAAGCUGCACUGCUAGAGAAUCUGUUUCCGCAAGACAUCCAGCACGAGCUUGUCCAGAGGAUUGGGAAAACAGUGGCUUCGCUGCACAACUCGAAUAUUGUCCACGGUGAUUUGACCACGUCAAACAUGCUUCUUCGUGAUCGGGAUCCGACAAAGAUUGUCCUUAUCGAUUUUGGACUAAGCUACAAUUCCACCACGCCGAUUGAAGACAAGGGUGUUGAUUUGUACGUUUUGGAGCGUGCCUUCCUCAGCACUCAUCCGCAAUCCGAAUCUCUGUUUCAACUUGUCCUCGACGCAUAUGCAAAACAUGCUACCAGUGGCCCGGCAAUCAUCACGCGCCUUAACGAAGUUCGGCUCCGAGGUCGCAAGAAGAUGAUGGUUGGAUGAUUAUCUAGAGAGGGUGCACUCUGAUAGAUCUAUUCGUUUGUCGCUCCAAUCUUCACUUGUUUGCUCCCCCGACUCUUCAAUACAUCUCCCCGCUGCUCCUCCGAAUAUCUUGCAAUUAUUCUGUAUUGCAAGUCUUUUGUGCUAUUGUUUGACCAAAAUCCCACCCAAUGCAAUGCCUCAAUCAAAUCUCACAUGGUUUCAG